CACAGCCCAUAUCCGGACUCGGGUUGGGGCUCUGGCUCGCCAUAAAGCGCGUAGUGGCUCAGCGCGGGAUCGUGUAGGGCGGGCCUUUAACGCGCCGCUGCUACAGGGAUACCAAGAUGGAAAUCCAGGGGCUUUCUAAAGCCCAAAACACUCACUACCAACAUGGCGUCCCGCCUGGGACUGAUAUUUCGACUUCGGGAACGACAACGAGGACUGUUUCUAAACAAGCUCCACACGAAAACGAGAACAGCUUCGGAUCGAAAGGCGACAACAACAACAACCGGCCUUCAUCCGCUCCGCUUCGCCUGUUGGCACAAAAUGGCAGCGGUGCUCGACAAAGUGUACAACAGAAACGGAGAGAAAGUAUCAGUACGCUGUCAGAGGACGUUCAUGCUGCUCAUAUGGAGCUCUGUAACCUGAAGGUGUUGAAGGAGAAAGAAUACGGUGAUUUAGAGCUGCCGCCGGACUUCGUGAAGGCCGAGCUGAAGUAUGGAGAGGAGAAUGAGGACGGCGUGCUGCAAAUGGCGCUGCCACUUUUUGAGGGGGAGGAGGACGGAUUCACUGCGCACUGCGAACCACGACCACAACUCCCAGAUCCAGGUGUGAUGAGGGACAUAUGUUUACCUGCAAGCGACGGCACUACGAGCUCUUCCGAAGCCAAAAACCCGAAGGAAUAUUACGUUGUUUUCAAUAAAGUACAAGAAGAUGGUGUUUAUAGAGAAUCCGGAAAGAAGACUGCAGCCUCCUCCAAACCCACCUACAGACCAUCAGAGGUGCAUCAUACCCCGACCUUCUCCGAAUCACAGCACAGCAAUUUUACAGUCAAAUCUAAAUCAUCUUCCACCUGCAGUGUUGAAUGUUUGACAACCAGUUCUAAGCUAGUAAAUGAACGCGGUCCUGCCACAGGAGGAAGGCAGGAGGGUGAGAAGCGCAUUAUGGAGGGUGGAAAGAGGUCUGAUGAGAAAGUGUCUGCAGUGAUGGUUGGUACUGAUUUAGUGUCAUUAGAGCAUGCUUCAGGACAUUUAACGGAAUGUGAAACUAAAAACGACCCCCCUGAAACGCCUGCGCUUAGUACCAGCCCAGCUUUCAUGCAGGACUACGUGAACUUGUCAGGCAGUGGUAACGGAGACCCUGCCAGCGACGGGCCAUCAGAGACUUUCUCCGGGACCAUCAUGAUCAACAACCAGAGCAUCAUCGUUACUAUCGAGAACGGGGUUUUAACUCUGGCAGCCCCACCGGAGGGCUACACCUACAAGGAGGAUGCAGUGAUAAGUUUAAAAGAGCAUUUGGGGGUGAAAGAGCACGAAGACAUCGUCCUCCUGAACUAUGAGGGUGGUACUAAAUCUCUGGGGAAGAUGGCCGAGGACGAGGGCGAUGCUGUGAGCGAAUCCGAAGAACUGACGCUGACCGACGACUGCUCAUUAUCAGAGCUAGGCGCUCUGGACAACUCGGUCAAACGAGAAGAAGGCAUUGUGUGCGACUCUGAUUCAACAGCUCACUCCUCAAGAGGUCCUACUGAAGAUGACCUGCAGCCCACGAGCAUCGUCUGUUCAACUGGCUUGGCGAAGAAAGGCAUUGCGGUGUCGUACCGCUGCCCACAGCCUGGCUGCGCAUGCACUUUUGACAGCCGGCAGAAGCUCAAGAUGCACUUGGUGUUUCACGCUGAAGACCAGCGGCCUUUUAAAUGCACAGUGGAGGGCUGUGGUUGGUCCUUCACCACUUCUUACAAGCUGAAACGGCACCUGCAGUCCCACGACAAGCUACGACCCUACGAGUGCAAGUAUGAAAACUGCGGCCGCCGCUUCACCACCAUUUAUAAUCUGAAGGCACAUGCACGAGCACACGAGCAGGAGGACGCGUUUGCAUGCGAACUGUGUGGAGAAAGAUUCCGCAGCGCUACACGUCUCGCCAACCAUCAGAGGACGCACUUCGAGCCUGAACGACCCCACAAGUGCGAGUUCCCAGGAUGUGAGAAGGCCUUCAUCACCUUCAGUGCCCUGUUCUCUCACAACAGGACCCACUUCAGAGAGACUAGCCAGUUCACCUGUACAUACCCAGGCUGUGACAAGUGCUAUGACAAGGCCUGCCGCCUUAAAAUCCAUCUUCGUAGUCACACAGGUGAGAGGCCUUUUGUCUGUGACUCAGAAUCUUGUGGCUGGACUUUUACUAGCAUGUCAAAGCUGCUGCGUCACAAAAGGAAGCAUGAUGAUGAUCGGCGAUUCACCUGUCCAGAAGAAGGUUGUGGAAAGUCCUUUACUCGUGCAGAGCAUUUGAAAGGCCACAGUAUCACCCACCUGGGCACUAAGCCCUUUGAGUGCCCAGUUGAAGGAUGUAAUGCUAAGUUCUCAGCGAGGAGUAGCCUAUACAUCCAUUCUAAGAAACACCGUCAGGAUGGAGUGUCUCUGAGAAGCAGAUGUCCUGUUGCAGGAUGCACCAAGCACUUCUCAUCUCGCAGUAGCCUCAAGAGUCAUAUGCUUAAACACCACAACCUCAGCCCAGAUGUGUUGAGUCAAUUAGAAAACACAGCCACCCUGACGCCCAGCUGUGAGCUCACUAGUGCUGCUCAGAGUGCUACAACUGCUGGCACUGUUGGAACAGAGCUUAGCAGCCUGGAUCUCUCGUCACUUUUCUCUAACGUUCCCUCCGGAGCAUCCACUGUACCUACAGGGCCUACCUCACAGUCAGGCCCCGCUUCCUUCACCAUGGACAUGGCUCUUGCAAGCAGUGGGAUUCUUACUAUCGAUCCAGCUUCAGUAGGCUCAGCUUUGGGAGGAGCCAAACCUGUGGACCCUCUGAUCUUGGCUGCAGGUGGGGAUAUGGGCGUGCAUGUCCUGGAUGCAGGGGCAGGGGGUGGAGUAUUACAGCAAAAUACACUGCAGUUGGACGAUGUACAGACAGUAAACCCUGAGGCACUCGGAACAUUAACGGCCUUGGCUAUUCAGAGCACCUCUGUCGCAGAGCAGCUUCAAGCCCUGAGCUCCUCUAGCGUGUUAACUGCAGAGUCACCUUCCUCUUCUCUGACUCCACCCCUAGCUCCUUCCCUUUCUUCCUCUCUCACGUCGCCACUGUCAUCGUCUCUUGCCCCAUCUCUCACCUCCUCUCUUGUUCCGUCUCUUGCUUCUACUACAGUACCAGAGCUGCUGUCUUCCCAGGUAAAGACUGAUAUGGGGGCCAGUGAAGCAGCUGUGGGGCCAUUACUAAGUGGAGUAGAGGUCCUGAGCCAGCCAGAGAACAGCAAAGCUCUUAGUCAGUUUGUUUUCUCAAGCCACAGCAGAUCCUACAGCGGGCAGAAAGAGACUGAGAUGCCUUCAGUUGCACCUUGUGCUUUUAGUGAGAGCACUGGUUCUGCCCGCACAGACUACAGGGCCAUCCAACUGGUAAAACGGAAGAAGCAGAAAGGCCCUGCUCCGAAUUCGUCACCUGCAGGUGCAACUCAUCGGAAGUCUAAAGGGGUGAAGGGUUCCAAUGCUGCCGGGACAAUGUCUUCGGGCAGUGCUCCAUUUGUAGAAGGAACUGCAUCGACAACCAGUGCAGGUCUCACUAUCCGAGACCCGGUCACUGGAGUACAGUAUGUACAGAUUCAGAUACUUCAGGAUGAACCGGCUACGGAUGGAGAUUUGGCUUUCCAGCUCAGUUCGCAGACUUCCACAUCUCAUUCCCAGCUAACAGUUGACCUGCCUGUCAAUAUAUUGCAGGAGCCUUCUGCCAUGACUGAGGAUGAUAACAGAUCUGAUAACUCUCAGUUCACUGGCAGCACCAUUAACCUACAGGACCUGGAAUAAUGAACUCGUCUAAGAGACAGCAAAAGAUCCUAGUAGACAUACAGACAGUUGUAUUUUCCUCUUAAUUCCUACCUUCACAAAAGGAAUCAGGUUUCAAUGUCUGCCAUCAGGGUAUUUGUCUAUUGGUGGUUUUUUGUGUGUGUGUGUGUGUGUGUGUGUGUGUGUGUGUAGGUUUUUAAUAUACAUCCUAAUUCCACAAUUCCAAGAUAUAUAUUUGUAUUUGACCAGGAAUAAAGUUAUUUCAUGUGCUUCAUGUAUUAGUUAAGUUUCCUUUGUAGAGAACAUGAACUUUUAUUGGUAAAAGAUUACUUACAAGCCAUUAGACUUUGAUAUAUUCCAUUUCAAAUUCGAUAUACACUUUGAAUUGGGGAACAUAAUCUCGUAUGACAGCUGCUUGAUAAAUCUGAUAUAUUAAGACUCGAUAUGUUUAAGCAGGAUUAUGUAAAUGAAUGAGUGAAUGUGAAACAGCACAAUAGGUUAUCAUUGCUUGUAAGAUUUAUUAUUACAGUAACAUAUCCAUCAAAAUAACUCUUUGUCGUUAGCAUUGUCUUGAGUUUCUAUUCAAGUCCUGAGGAGCACAGCUUUUAUUGUCAUGAAAAGCUUUUUUUGUUCCAGUUGCUUUUGUUGCUUAUUUUUGUAUGGUUUUGUAUAAAACAUGAAAAUGUCUUUUUAUGUGUGUAUGAAAGUAUUACACAAGAUUAAAAAUGGCUCUCCUCUCCUAUUUAAGAUAUUCUGUGAGGGGGGAGUCAUAGAAUCAUGAGUCAUUUGUAAAUAUUGUGUAUGUAUAAACUCGUAAUUCAAUUACUGUUUUCAUAAGAACUUUUGAUACAUAAUACACGUGCACUUAUGUCUAGGCUAUCUUUCUGUUAAGAUCCUUGAAUAAUAAAGUGUUUGCUGUUGCUGAUUUA